AUGCCGCCGCCGUCCCGCAUCAGCCAAAUAAUCACCGCCCACCGGCCCGCGCUCGCGCCGUACGAGGAGCUCUACAAGCACCUCCACCAAACGCCGGAGCUCUCCUUCCAAGAGCGCGACACCGCCGCCGAGAUGCGCAAGCAGCUCGCGUCCAUCUUCGCGCGGCACCCGCACCUCGCCACGUCCAUCCACCCGGACAUCGGCGGCACCCACGGGCUCGCCGCCACCAUCCGCAACCCGCCUUCCUCUUCUUCGACCUCCUCGUCGUCGGACUCGCCGCCGCCGUCCCCCAUCGUCCUCCUCCGCGCCGACAUGGACGGCCUGCCCGUCAAGGAGGCGACGGGGCUGCCGUACGCGAGCACGAAGACGAUGGAGGCGUUGGGUGGGGAUGUGAAGCCCGUCAUGCACGCGUGCGGGCACGACAUGCACAUGGCGAGCCUGCUGGCGGCGGUGGAGCUGCUGUGCGUGGCGAAAGACGAGUGGCAGGGCACGGUCGUCGUGUGCUUCCAGCCGGCGGAGGAGCUGGGCAAGGGCGCGCUGGCCAUGGUGGAGGGCGGCUUGUACGACGUGGUGCCGGUGCCGGAUGUGGUUGUCGGGGGGCACGUGCUGUUUCAGAAGGCUGGGACAAUCGGCACCCGGCGCGGCCUCGUAGCCUCAGCGGCAGACUCGUACAACCUCACCAUCCACGGCCGCGGCGGCCACGCCUCCCAACCGCACCUCACCAUCGACCCCAUCGUCACGGCCGCGCACACCAUCACGCGCCUGCAGACCAUCGCCUCGCGCGAGGUCGACCCGCAAGAAGCCGCCGUCGUGUCCGUCGGCUACGUGCGCGCCGGCGACGCCGUCAACAUCAUCCCGGCCUCGGCCUCGCUCGGCGUCGACGUGCGCACCUUUUCGCCGGGCUCGCGCGCCCGCGUCCUCGCCGCCGUGCGGCGCAUCGUCGACGCCGAGAGCGCGGCCGCGGGCGGCGGCGAUGGCACAGUCAGCGCGCCCGAGCUGGUCGAGACGCGGACUUUCCCGUUUUUGGUGAAUGAUGAGGGCGCGACGGCGAGGGUGGAGGAGGCGUUUGAGGGCGUGUUCGGGGAGGGGUAUGAUAGGGAGGCGCCGAGGCUGGGCGGCAGCGAGGAUUGCGGCGUUUUGGCGACGAGCGUGGGGAGGCCUGGCGUUUUUUUCACGUGGGGCGGGACGGAUCCCGAGUUGUGGGAUCGGUUGGAGAGGGAGGGCGGCGAGGAUGGGGUGAGGAUGGGGGUGCCGAUCAAUCAUUCGCCGUUCUUUGCGCCUGUGAUUGGGGCGUUGAGGUUUGGGGUUGAUGGGUAUGCGGGCGGGGCGUUGGCGUUUUUGGUGAAGGAGUGA